AUGUCCUCCUCCGCGCCGCUCUUCACCAUCCCCAUCGGCCCCUGCGGCAAGCACCCCGGCGGCACCAUCACCUGCACCCAGCCCCAGCCGCUCGUCUACCUGCUCACCUGGUCCUCGCCGCCCGACAACCGCCUGACCACGCCCUUCUGCCGCGCCCUCCUCGCCGCCCUCGACGUCCUCGAGUUCGGCGACCACCCGCCCGGCGUCGUCGUCACCACCUCCGCCAUCGCCAAGAACUACUCCAACGGCUUCGACCUCGAGCACACCCUCGCCGACAAGGAUGUUUUCUUUCCCUUCUUCUACAGCCUCUGGGUGCGAUUCCUGACAUACCCCAUGCCCACCGUAGCGCUCAUGAACGGCCACGGCUACGCCGCCGGCCUCAUGCUCGCCAUGGCCCACGACUACCGCCUCGCCCCGACGCCCCGCGGCUUCUUCUGCCUCCCCGAGCUCACCUACGGCCUGCCGCUGACGCCCGCCAUGGCCGCGCUCUUCCGGCACAAGCUCUCCGCGCCCGCGCUGCGCACCCUCGCCCUCGAGGCCGCCCAGCUCUCCGGCGCGCAGAUCGUGGACCUCGGCGUCGCCGACGCCCUCGCCGCCACGCAGGACGACGCCUGGGCGUUCAUCGAGGCGCGGAAGCUGACAGAAAAGGCCAAGUCGGGCGUGUAUGGCACCAUCAAGGCGGAGCUGCACAAGGACCUGAUCGGGCAGCUGCGCGGCGAGGGGCUGGUGGCGGAGGAGAGGCGCUUCAAGGAGGAGGGCGACAGGGUCGCGGAGAGGGUCGAGUUCGGCAAGGUCUGGUACGAGCAGUGGAAGGCCGGCAAGGCGAAGCUAUAG